ACGAAAAAGCUAAGCAAUCAGUUUGGCAGUACCAAUCAUAAGCUCAAUAGUUGCAACAUUUUCCUUAACACAAAUGCGGUACCCUUAAAGCAUCUAAGUUUAUAUUACAUUAAUUCCACAACCCUCCUCUUCAUUCUGUGCCCCCCAACUUGUCAUUCAAUUCCACCCUGAAGAUUGUGCUUCAGGUGGUUCAAAGAAGAUGGGUUCACUAGAAAGAUCAAAGAAGAAAGUUCUUCUAUGGAAGAAGGCCAUGCUCCAUUUUUCCCUAUGUUUUUUGAUGGGGGUUUUCACAGGCUUAGCUCCAACAGGUAAAUCUUCUCUCUUUUCCACCAAAGUUGCUGUCUCAAAUAGGACAGAAUUUGCACCACAACCUAGUGAAAUGUCAAACCUCACAACAAAUGUCAAUAGAAUUUGGAUAGCUCCAAUGCCAGAUACCAUGCCCGUGAAGCCUAGAAUCCUUGAAAAUGAAAAGAAAAAAACAACAAAGUUGCAUGCAAAAAAACAGCCCCAGUUGAAGCCUAGAAGACUCAUAAUCAUUGUAACACCAACAAGCACAAAACUACCCCACCAAGCAGUGUUUUUGAGAAGGUUGGCAAAUACUAUAAAGCUGGUUCCUCAACCAUUGCUGUGGAUUGUUGUGGAAGCUAAAACCAAUUCCACAGAACUGCCAGAGAUAUUAAGGAAAACUGGCAUCAUGUAUAGGCAUGUGGUUUUCAAGGAAAAUUUCACGGAAUUAGAAGCUGAACUGAAUCACCAGAGGAAUCUUGCACUUAAGCACAUUGAGCACCACAGGCUCAACGGCAUUGUACACUUUGCUGGCCUUUCCAAUGUUUAUGAUCUCCAAUUCUUCCAUCAGCUUAGAGAUAUUGAGGUCUUUGGAACAUGGCCAACCGCAUUGUUAGCUGCACACAGGAAGAAAGUGAAAAUCGAAGGACCUGUAUGUGAUUCAUCACAAGUCAUUGGUUGGCAUCUUAGGAAUAUGAACAAUGAAACUGAUACAAUCACUCCCCCAAUUCAUAUUUCAAGUUUUGCUUUUAAUAGCUCCAUCCUUUGGGACCCUGAGAGAUGGGGUCGCACUUCCUCUGUUCAAGACACUUCUCAGAAUUCAAUCAAGUUCGUGAAGCAAGUAGUUCUAGAAGAUGAGGCUAAAUUAAAGGGAAUUCCACCAGAAGAUUGCUCCAAAAUCUUGCUAUGGCGUUUCAAUUUUCGUGCCCGAACCAUCACAAAUCACUAAUUUCUAGAUUCUGGCAGUACAAAAACUACUUUCCUACUACUAUAUAGAAUUUAUUCAUUUUUUUUUCUCUUUUGCAAAUUUAUCCUAUGUUUAUAGUUUUAUUGAUUCUUCCUGUUUUCAAAUUUUUGUUAGCUUAUGUAAGUGAGAGGGUCUUCUGCUAAGAAGCAAAAACAUUUAAAGCAUAAAUGAACUUUUUCGAAAAAGCUUCCCGAGUGUAUGGCAUUUUUUUUUUUUAAUUUGGAGAAACAAAUUGUUGUA